CGAGCCAGGUCGCUUUGCGUGAGGAGGAGGAGGAGGCGGCGGCGGCGGCGAGGGACCCCGCGGCGGUGUCGGGAGGCCAAGCGAGCGGGAGCAGAAGCAGGAGCCCCCAAUGGAGGAAGAGGAGAAGAUGGUGGCCGCCGCCGCCGCCGCCGCCGUGGUUGGCGAGGAAUGGCAAGGUGUGGCGCAAAGGAGAAAAGCCUGGGCUAAAAGCAGGGAUUCCUGGCAAGCGUCGGAGGCCGAGCGCCUGUCUCCAGAGCCGGCGGAUCUGGCCGCGGAACAGGAGCUGUGCGGUGCCAAGUUGCCCUUGACGGCGGAAGGAGGCGCUAUUCCCAAUGAAAAGAUUGCAAUAUGGCUUAAAGAUUGUAGAACACCAUUGGGAGCUUCCUUGGAUGAGCAGAGCAACCCAGCAUUAAAAGGCAUGCUGGUGAGGAAUGGAGGAAGCUUUGAAGAUGAUUUGUCUCUGGGAGCAGAAGCUAACCAACUGCAUCAAACCAUUGAACAAAUGGAGAUCUGGUAAAAAUUCAUACCUUUUUUUUUUGCUUUGGAGUAAUAUCUGACAUGAAGUUGAUCUUUCUAUAUGAGCAUAAUUCAUUUUAAUAGUUUGUCAUCAAGACUAUAAGCUGAUGAGACCCAGAUGUGAGCAGCUGGGUUUUUCUUUCUUUUUGAUCAGCUACAUUGUUAACCUUGGAUUUUACUUUAAUUCUGAGUGAUAAUUAAAAAGUGGACUGAGUACACUUUUUACCCCCAUAACUACAAUGCGGAUCCCAGACUGAUAAAUGGAACGUAUACAGCCUAAUGUGACACCUUUGUAAAAACCUCUCUCCAGGAUCUGGUGAAGAGUGCUGGAGUCCAGUAACUGCAUUUUUUUUG